UGCUAGCUGUAUCCACACAUGUACAGGUCAGACACUCUGCAAGUUUCCCAAACACGUGGCUUCCAACAUCCUCAGGCUGGUGCCAUUAUCAAGACGAGCAUCGAUAUUUUAAUUUGCCACUUCUCUCCUUAAAGUCGAUGCUGAUCAGUGGAUAGGCGUCAUCGAGUCCAUUCUUUCGAUUGCCCCAUAUUUAUAUCUCAUCGGAAAUGUUGCCCUACUGUAAUAUUCAGUGCAGCCGCUCGGGGAGAGAUGCUCCAGAGGUUCAUCUGCCUUCUCUUGACCAUUCAUUUAGAACUUCCAUUUGGAACUACCAACAAACUCGACGGACAACUGGGUCCAGACCAUGACAUCUCACCCUACGACAUUCUUCUCCUUGUUCUGAGGAAUGUACAGUUCUGGGAGUUGCCCAAUAUGCAAGGUGUGAUUCGAGCUGGUUGUCUGUUCCAUCGAAGAAUUUCUUACAUUCAUCCUUCAGUUCUGCAAGUGCCUUCCUGUCGCUUGCAUUAAAGCAGACUGUGCUUCUGUCCUCAUCUUGCUUCCUUCCUGGGUCCACUGGGACUAAUGGACUUCACGAACUUGAGCUCGUACUUGCGAGUGAAGUUUACACUCCUAUUGCAUAUACCUCCCGAGUACUU